AUGGGCUUACUCAAGAGCGGAUGGAUGCAGCCCGUGGUGGAGGAGUCCACGGCGGCUGACUCCGAAGCAGAGACCGAGAUUCAAGCCGAGACUCAAGCCGAGCCGGGCGCCAAGGCGCUCAUCUCGGACAUCCCGGACGACGCCUUUGGCCACGUCCUCUUCUGGCUUCCUCCGCUCACGAAUCUCGCGGCGGCUCGCGUGGCGAAGCAGUGGCGCGUCCGCGUCGCGAAAUUCUUUGCGACAUUGCGCGAGCUCGACGUUACGACCGAAGAGAUGAGCGCGUCGCUGGUGCGGGGACGCAAUCCAGCCGUCGGCCCCGAACGCUGGGGACGCAAAUCCAGCCGGCUUGCAAUGCUGCUUGGCAAAUGCCGCUCGUUGGAGUCGUUGACGGUGGGGUUUGGUGAAUACGAAGAGUCGCUCGGCGAGUGCCCGAGCCAUCUCCUCCGGUCUCUCUCCCUCCGACGGCUCGUAAUUGCUGGAGACUACAUGAGUCCAGAAUGCGUCCACAACAUCGCUCGUUUGAGUCCGAAUCUCGAAGAAUUCAAGUGGCGAGGCCGCUCUGACGAUACGUACAGGGUCAUGGGCUACGGAGCAGUAGGGACCUUACGGGUGUUCCACCGGCACUGCCGACGCCUCCGCCGAUUGCCCCCAUUCGGGUGUUGCUGCAGCCGCGGUCCGCUGGAACCCGACGGCCCGUGUGGUUACGAAGCGGAGGCCUUCGAGUUGCUUAAGACGUGGCCGUCGCUCGAAGCGAUCGAAAUUCAUCAGUGUUUCCCCCUCAGUAUCGGUGAAAUGCAGCACCGCGCCCUCGGUUUUGGUACGGACAAGGGACAAUUUAAGGGAAUAUUGCGGGUCGUUAUGCACGACCUCGAUGAUCUCGUGUUUGACGAGGUGGCGGGUGGGGAGGUACCGGCUGAGCUCAUCCUCCAGAGAGAUUUCGGCAAAAACGAGAGACGGCCCUUACGCUUUGGAACUAUUGAAGACCUCCCGCCCUACUAG